UUACAGAGUACUUGUAACAUCUGACAAUUCAGGAUUGAUAGAAACCAUUCAAAACACCAUUUCGAUCCAUUCUAUCAAAAAAGAUGCGUAUGCAAAAAGGUUAAAUGAAAAAGGGUUUAUGUUUACUUUAUUUGACUAUUUUGUGAAGACAUAUGGUGAUGUUUCAUCCGAAAAUUUUUUACGUGCUCAAGAUAAUUUCAUGAGAAGUUUGGCAGCUUAUUCGCUUGUUUGUUAUAUUUUACAAGUGAAGGAUCGUGAACAAUUUUGUAGUCAUAAUGGCAAUGUCCUAUUGGAUACUGAAGAUAUCGAUUUCGGAUUCAUGCUCUCGAAUUCACCCGGUUCCGUCGGCUUCGAACUUGCACCUUUCAAGCUCUCGCAAGAAUAUUUGGAUAUCCUUGGUGGGGUAACCAGUGAGAAAUUUGCGGAAUUCAAAACGCUGCUAAAACAAGCUUUUCUUGAACUGCGCAAGCAUGCCGAUAACUUUAUAUUACUAGUUGAGAUGAUGUCCAAAGAUUCGAAGCUUCCCUGUUUUCUUUCUGGUGGAGUCUCUCAGCUUCAUGAUAGGUUUCAUCUUUCUCUUACUGAACCACAGUUUGAUGAAUUUGUUGAAAAGUUGAUCAUGUCAAGUUGUUGUAAUGUGUUUACUCGAUUGUAUGAUACUUUUCAAUAUUACUCUAAUGGAAUCCUAUAA